AUGCCGAAAGCUCUCGGAAGAAACCUGCAAAGCUGCUUCAGCGUCAUCACCAAACGCCCACUCCUCCCGCCGCCGCCGCCGUGCCGAUCACGCGCCUCACCCUCCCCGCCGUCACCAGAAGAUCACAACCCACCAAUCCCAAAUCUAUUCAAAAGCUACAACUCCCUUUUCGAGGAAGCCCAACCCCCAACAACCCCGCCGCCGCGGGUCUCCUCCGCUUCCUCCGCCUCAUCCUCCUCCUCCUCGGAGCCCGACUUCGCCACCGUCUACGCCUCCCAGCGCUUCUUCUUCUCCUCUCCCGGCCGCUCCAACUCCAUCGUCGAUUCCUCCUCCGCCGAUCUCACCGAUUGCAUUGUCGCAGAAGACGGGGUGGCGGUCCCCACGUACUCCCCGGACCCGUACAGGGACUUCCGGCAGUCGAUGCAGGAUAUGGUGGAUGCGACACGUGGGCGAGGGGGAUUGGUGGACGUGGGGUCCAGCUGGGAGUACCUGCACGAGCUUCUGCUCUCUUACCUUGCACUCAACCCAAAGACAACCCACAAGUACAUCGUUUGCGCCUUCGCCGACCUCCUUGUCAACCUUCUCUCCUCGGCGACGGAGACGGCGACGGAGACACGCGGCGGCGGCGGUUGUCGCAGGUAG